AUGGUCCCACUCUUAGAGCAACGCGUUACUCGUGAUUUUACUCCAUCCUCCUCCAUCUGACCGACAUCACCACAGUCAGCCCAGCUACGUCCAGGUCGCACCAAUUUUAGACAUACAUCUUAAUCACACUUAUCAAUCGCAUUGCUUUUUGGCGGCCAAGCAUCGUCGAAUCAACAGUCAAAGUCAAUCCCUUUGGGAAAAAUCAAUUUCAGCAAUGGACCGCAGCCUCGACGAGAUCCUGGCCGAGCGCCAAACCAAGAAUGGCGGCCGAGGCUCCCGCGGUCCCCGCAACGGCGGCGGCAGUGGAGGUGGCAAUAGGCGCCGCGAGCGCGAAAGGCAGGACUACCCACGCGACGGAGUCAGAAAGAGCUAUCGAGACGAUCAAUCUCGGAACCUGGAUUCUGAGUGGGUUCACGACAGAUAUGACGACAACGACACCCGCCGCGGGGGCAGGUAUUCGCGCCGAAGAGACGAUGACCUCGAUAAGGAUCAAGGAAGCUCAAGGGGCACGAAGAUCCGGGUGGAAAAUAUCCAUUACGAGUUGACCGAGGAAGAUCUCCAAGGACUAUUCAGCCGUAUCGGCCCGAUCAUCAGUCUUGAGCUUCUCUACGAUCGCUCCGGCCGGUCAGAGGGUGUCGCUUAUGUGACUUAUGAAAGCCACAAAGACGCAACCUUGGCCGUCAAGGAGUUUGAUGGCGCUAAUGCAGCAGGUCAACCUAUUCGCCUCAGCAUAAUCCCAGCCGGCGCUGGCUCACGUCGCAAUCCAUUUGAUAAUGCCGUGAAACCGGGAAGGCCAUUGUCGGAGCGCAUAACGAUGCCGUCCGGCCGGAACCGAUCCCUAUCACCCGAAGAGGACGCGGCACGUCGGGGAAUCGACAGAUAUAUCCCUAGCGGUUCGCGCUCUGGCAGCCCAUACACCUCCGGUAAUCGCCGCGAUGGUCGCCGACCAGGUGCCAGGAGGGAGCGUGGUGGUGGCGGCGGUGGUCGCCGUAGAGGUGAGGGCGAUGAAGAAGGUGGUCAGCGCACUGGGCGUGAUGGUCGCACCAAGAAGACGCAAGAGGAACUGGAUGCUGAGAUGGACGAUUAUUUUGGCGGCGGCGGCGGCGGCGGCAACAAUAAUGCUACUACUACCCCCGCUGCAGCAGCUACAACUGCUGCUCCCGCCACCGCAACUGUUGAUGACGACAUCGACAUGAUUGCUUAGGUGGAUCAACAUUGGAGUGGCCGAUUCAUGGGUCGAUAUGCGUGCCCGCAAUGCGCUCUCGCGCUUCGUAUGAUAUGAAGUGAGCCAGGUAUCCAGAGGCUUAAGAGAGACGCAUUUUCGGCUUGAGCAGGGCUUAUCAGCGAUGUUUUACGAUUGAUCUUGUUUCGUCUUGAUUGCCUCAAUAAGAUAUUGCACAACAUGUAAAUAUAUAUCUCCAACUCACUCAACAGGAGCACCAGUGUUACUGCGAGCCGCUGAGUUUCCCACCCUUUCUAAUUCGGUAUCUAAAAUUCGAAUCACGUGUCAUCUCGGCCUCUUGUAAUCAUUCCGUCUUCUUCCUCUUCUUGUCCAUACCCUCACUCAUGGCCUCAGCCACAUCCUCCACCGUCAGCCCCCUCUUCCUAUUCUCAAUCUUCUCCUGCCCCAGUACGGUAUCUUGAGCCACGGCCCUAAAGACACCCGCGGCGCCCGCGAAGAGCUCGGGUCCGAAGCCGCCGUCGACGCUGUGGGUGUCGCUGAUCUCCUCCAUCUCCCUGACCCAGCGGUAGGCCUUGGGCGGCAUGCCGGUGAUGGCACCCUCGGCCUGCUUGAGCUUGGCCGGAGCCAGCUCCUCCAGCACUGAUUUCAGGUCCCCCAGCACGCCCAGGCGGUGCGCCGUCGUGAAGGCCUGCACGGCGAUGGCCGAGAAGCCCUUGGACAGCGACGCAAAGCACAUCUUGAGCCCGGACGCGGCCCCCACAUCCGUCGAGAUGGGCCGCGCGUUCAGCGUGGACUGCAACAGCGGGUGGACGUCGGCUAGACUGCUGGGGCCAGAUGUCGGGCACAGCGGCACCUUCCACUUUUUCGGUGCUUCGUCCCCCUCAGCAGCAGCAGCAGCAGCCGGCGGCGGCUUGGGCGGCCCACCGAGGAUGCAGCCGUCUAUGAAGACGACGGGCGCGCGGGCCCGGGCGAACAUGGCAGCCACGUCGCGGCAGGUGGCGGGCGAGACGGCGUUCAUGUCGGCGUAGUACAGCGUGCUGCUGCCGCUGCUGUCGUCGCCUGUUUGAUGCGUCUUGGAGAAGGCCAGGGCGUCGAUGACGCGCUGCGCCGUGGCGGCGGCGUCGGCGGGCGGGACCACGGACAACACCACGUCGGCCCAGUCGACGAGCGCCAGGUCGUCCUUGAACAGCGUCGUGAUUCCUGCGUCGGCGGCGCGCUGCUGCGUUUCCUUGCUCCGGUUGGACACGUUUGUGGCCACGGGGAAGGAGUGUGCCAGCAGCAGGCUGGCGAUGCCGCCGCCCAUGUCGCCGAUGGAGAGGAUUGCGACCUUGGGGAGGGGCUUUUCUGAGGCCAUUUUCUUUCUGUUUUGGUGGAGGUGUAUGAAAUGGCGUGCUUUAUGCGGUCAAGAUGGGAUGAAGGUAAUCUUCAGGCCAGGGGAAGGAGAUACAGAGAAGAUACGUUUAUACAGGAUUGGGUUUUACAGGAUCGUUACUCCCAAAGAUUAAAAGGCUCGUGUCAACUAAAUAUUGUGUUCCCAUGUGUCGUCUUCAAUUUAUAUCAAACAAAGGUGUGAAAAGUCGGCCCCGGUUCAAGAGAAGCCGCUGUCAAAGUUUCAGGCUCGGGUGUAGAAUGUCUGGUCGAACGCACCUAUGAUGCUGACGCUGAGAUAUGAGUCGCGGGGGAGCUAGCGUG